CCCAAUCCAAGACUAUUCACUUUCCCAUUCUUUUCCCAAAAAUCUUCUCUUCCCGCCGCCCACUACCACCAGCGCUGCCGCCACCACAUCCCAGUGGUUCUCUUUCAAACUACGAUCGGGUCGUUACCACAACUGGAAACAAACCUUAAAUGGCGACCGCCGCACCGACAACUGUUUCCUCUGACACAACAACCACCACUCCUUCUGACGGUCCCGUCCUUAACCUCAUCAACAAACGCAUCCGUGCGUUACGUAAGAAAUACAACCGCAUCCUCCAAAUGGAAGAAUCCGUCUCGCAGGGAAAAAUCUUAAACAAAGAGCAAGAAGAAGUCCUCCGUUCAAAACCCACCGUCUCCGCCCUAAUCGACGAACUCGAGAAGCUUCGCCAACCUCUCUCCUCCGCCGUUUCCGAAGAAAUAUCACUCGCGUUACAGCGUCAAACCAUUUCGACUGAAGAAACUACCUCGCAAACCCAAGAGCAGCCGCCCGAUGAGCCUGAUCAUACCAUUGAGGAUCUCCUCAACCUGCUCUAUUUCGGGUCGUUGUUCGAUGUUAAGACUCAGAAUGAUUUCACUUCGACGAUGUUGACUCGGACUCACGAGAGGGGCUGUUGCCUGACCUACGAUUACGUCACCGACGACGCCACCGACCUGCUUAGUGAGAAAGAUUUGGAUUCGAUUUCGUCUCUGAGUGGACUAUUGACUUCGCGUCCUGCUGAUUCCAGUUUGUCUCACAAAAACGCUUUGCACCGUUGUGUUCAAUAUGCUAAGCUUUGGCUUUCGAACUCUGACCAGCCCAUCGACCCCAAUGCCGGAGUUUCCUAUGCUGGGUUGAGAGAGAGGCUUAACAAGAUUAUGGCUUUGGAGUAUUUUACAACCACCCCCGAGAUGAAGGCACCGGUUGAAGUGGCUGCGGCUGCCGGGACUUAUACCACUUUUCAGGUUCCACUGCAGAGUGUCCCCAUCUCUGUGCCUGUUGAGGUGGAAGAUUCAAUUGAGCAGUAUCAGCAGAAGGAAGCAGAUACAUCCAAUUAUCAAGAAACUGAGACCAGCGGCAGUCAAUUUAGUCCUGCAGAGGAACUUCAAAAGGAUGAACCGGAGUUGGAAAAUCAUCCCGAGGCCACUGCUGUUCAACAAGAAGGUGGCAAAUUUCAGUUGGAUAUGGACCCCAAUCAGAGAGAUGUAGAACCCAGGGAGCAGCAGUAUGUUCCUCGAAGACCCUAUCACAACCAAAGAGGGAGUCGUGCUACUGGAGGUGGUCGUAGGGGUUACUCCAAUGGUCGUGGAGGUCGAGGCAGUGGAAGGGGUGGUGGAGCCAACCAAAAUGGUCGAAGCCAAUACUAUGAUCAGCCCGGCAACAACUAUUCUAGGAACUAUUAUAACAACCGGGGAAGAGGUGGCAGAGGCAGUGCCCACGCUUACAACAAUCAGAGCUCGACGGCUCAGGGUGGUCAUGCCUCGGCCGAUGCUAGUGUCGCCUCAUGAGUGCUUUAGGCCGUGUUUAUGAGGUCGGCCUCUCGAAGUGGGUGGUGAAAAUGCACCUUUUGGCUUUUGGCUUUUGAGUUUGCUCAGAAAGCAUGUUUUGAAAGUGGGUUCAUGUUUAUAUGGUAUCAUCCAGGACAACCCUAAUUUACUCAUUUUGUAGUUGAGAGAGUCGGUGACUUGCAUUGGAAAUCAUUGAAAACCAUAGACUUCUACCAAUAUCCUCCUUGCUUUUUAACAUGCACUUUGUUA